AUGAGACCGCUCGCCUUCCUCCUCCUAUUCAACCCCAUAACCCUGGCCAAGAUUGGCGGCCGCUGCCACGGCAGCUGGAAUACCGACAACUGCAUCUGUCACGACGUCACAGAGUGCCAGAAAUAUUACGGCACUCCGGAGCCCGGAGAUACUGGCAAUUGGCCCUGCCCGGACGAUCCGGCCAACAUGCAAGCCUGCUUUGUCAGGGGCUGCGACUAUAGGGGCUCCAACGCCUGCAGUUAUUGCGCGUGUCAGUGCAGUGAGGCCAUGGGAUUUUGGAAGAUUAAUGCUGCAGUGCCGCUGUAG